UAAUUUUAUUUUCAAAUUUCAUUUUUGCUAUCAAAUUGCAUUUUUUUAGUAUCAAGUAUUUAAGCUAGGGCUUCAUACUGGUUCAGUCAUGGCCAGUGAAGUGAAACCAGAACAGACCUGAAUUUUUAUAAUUUGGGUGAUCUGGAACAAUAAUCCAGAAUGGGAAAAAUUUCAGGUUGAAGCCCUGGAAUGGAAGACUUGGAAAAGGCAUAGUGAAUCCUUUCAGGAGCCUCAUGAGUAAAAUUGGAUUAUUGGCAGGACUGUGGAGAGCAGCACACAAUCAAAGUGGCACAGUCAGCUGCCUUCUUUGAGCGGGGGCACUGGUGUUUCCUACUCUGCUCAAAAUCUGAUGGGCAAGACAUUAGGUUGCUAUUCAACGCAUACGCUGUCCUUGUUUUCUAGGAGGGAGAUUAAGUUUCUCACAUUCCGGUUAUCAGUCCGGUUCACCCAAAUUUUAAAAAUUCAGGUCUGUUCUGGUUUUGCUUCCUUGGCCAUGACUGAACCAGGAAGAACCGGUUUGAAGCCCUGGUUUAAGCCAUGUUUUUGAUUUGUUUGUUUGUUUUGUCAUUUUUUUCCUCUUCCCACUUUCUCAACCUACUUCUAGUUGAGCUUUCUACUCUGUUUUGAGCUUGGGCCUCAGCCUCCUUUUCCCUGGCCUAAGGAGACUGCCUUGGGGGGCACGUUGCUGGAAUUCUUUUACCCUCAGUUGGGCGAACAGCUUUCUUUCUUCUUUGAAGGUUAUUUUUUUGUUGUCUUUCCUUGAGCACAGUUUUGUGAUUUCAGCUUAAAACCUCUGUCAGACUAUACGGGUAGUGGUAACACUGCUAACUGAAGGGUUGGUGGUUCAACUUCAUCCACAGGUGGCUCGCAAGAAAGGCUUGACAAUCUACUUCUGAAAAUCAGCCAUUGAAAACGCAAGAACACAGCUCUACUCUCACACACGUGGGAGUUGCCAUGAAUCUGAAUCAACUCCUGCAAUUGGUUGUUUUUUUAGUGAUGCUAAAGAUACUGCAAAACUGUCCUUUUUUAUCACUCUAGAAGACAACAAUUUAAAUGGUAGACAUCUAAACUUUUUCAAAAUUGUGGUUAAGUGUAUGACUGCUAACCGAAAGUUGGUGGUUCAACCCACCAGCAGCUCUGUGGGAGAAAGACCUGGCAAUCUGCUUCCGUAAAGAUUACAGCCUAGAGAACUCUAUGAGGCAGUUCUACUCUGUCACAAGGGGUCACUAUGAGUUGGAAUCGACUCAACAGCACCCAACAACAAUAACAACAUACCAAAGAGAGAGACCUGCUAGAGACAGGGCGAAUCUAGGGAUUGACCAAUGUGUCACUGAGGUGGGCUUGUCCAAAAAUAAGAAAUGCAAUGGCUCAUCUUGAUUCUGAGGUGAAAGAAGAAUGUCUGAGGGAAGAUUUGAAGUUUUACUUCAUGAACCCCUGUGAAAAAUACCGAGCCAGACAUCAGAUUCCAUGGAAACUGGGUUUACAGAUUUUGAAGGUACUCAUGGUCACUGCACAGCUUGUUCGUUUUGGUUUAAGUAACCAGUUGGUGGUUGCUUUCAAACAAGAUUCCACUGUUACUUUUAAGCACUUGUUUUUGAAAGGCUAUUCUGGCAUAGAUGAAGAUGACUAUAGUUGCAGUGUGUAUACGCAAGAGGACGCCUAUGAGAGCAUCUUUUUUGCUAUUAAUCAGUAUCAUCAUCUAAAGAACAUCACCCUGGGGACCCUUGGCUAUGGAGAAAAUGAAGACAAUAGAAUUGGCUUAAAAGUUUGUAAGCAGCAUUACAAGAAAGGGACCAUGCUUCCUUCUAAUGAGACACUCAAUAUUGACAGCGAUGUUGAGACAGAUUGUAUUCACUUAAGCCUUCAGAUCCUCACCAAGAACCCUCAGGCCUGGAAGAACUCAUCAUUCUUCAGCCUGGAAUUUUAUCGGCUUUUACAAGUUGAAAUCUCCUUUCACCUCAAAGGCAUUGACCUUCAGACAAUUCGUUCCCGCGAGUUACCAGACUGUUAUGUCUUUCAGAAUAGGAUUACCUAUGACAAUAAAGCUCACAGUGGCAAAAUCAAAAUAUAUUUUGACAGUGAUGCCAGCAUCGAAGAAUGUAAACUCUUGAACAUUUCUGGAUCUAUUCAGAAAAAUACCCAGUAUGUCUUGGUGUUUGAUGCAUUUGUCAUUGUGAUUUGCUUGGCAUCUCUUAUUCUGUGCACAAGAUCCAUUGUCCUUGCUCUAAGGUUACGCAAGAGAUUUCUAAAUUUCUUCCUGGAGAAGUACAAGCGACGCGUGUGUAACACCGACCAGUGGGAGUUCAUCAACGGGUGGUACGUCCUGGUGAUCAUCAGUGACCUCAUGACAAUAGUUGGAUCCUUCUUAAAAAUGGAAAUCAAAGCAAAGAAUCUCACGAAUUAUGAUCUGUGCAGCAUUUUACUUGGAACAUCUACGUUGUUUGUUUGGGUUGGAGUCAUCAGAUACCUGGGUUAUUUCCAAACUUACAAUGUGCUCAUUUUAACGAUGCGAGCCUCACUGCCAAAGGUUCUUCGGUUUUGUGCUUGUGCUGGUAUGAUAUAUCUGGGCUACACGUUCUGUGGCUGGAUUGUAUUAGGCCCUUAUCAUGACAAGUUUGAAGAUCUAGGCACAGUUGCUGAGUGUCUGUUUUCUCUCGUCAAUGGUGAUGACAUGUUUGCAACUUUUGCCCAAAUCCAGCAAAAGAGCGUCUUGGUGUGGCUGUUCAGCCGCCUGUAUUUAUAUUCUUUCAUCAGCCUUUUUAUAUAUAUGAUUCUCAGCCUUUUUAUUGCACUUAUUACAGAUUCUUAUGACACCAUCAAGAAAUACCAACAGAAUGGGCUUCCUGAAACGGAUCUUCAGAAAUUCCUGAAGGAGUGUAGUAGCAAAGAGGCGUAUCAGAAAGAGCCCUCAGCCUUCCUGUCCCACUUCUGCUGUCUAAGGAGUGGCAACCGUUUCCACCACUUCAACAAGCCUCUCAAAGUUGAGAUUCGAUUAUGUGAUUAACUAUAAAGAAAAAAGCACUCACUGGGAAAUGUACUUGUGAAUUCUGAAAAGUAACUGUUCGGCCUUUGGUGUUUGAUUUUUGGACCUUGAUUUGUACCACAAAAAGCCCCAGGAAGUUAAGUAUUUUCCUGUGAAGCCAUAUGGAAUGAGAGAAAGAUGUAAGAGGUAGAAUACAAGAGUUUUUGACAAGAUUGGGUCUGAGUGGUGAGGAAGAAGGGAGCAACAUCAGCAGAUACCUGUCCUAAGGGUUGAUGAGAUGUAUGGUGAGAAAUAAGCUCUGCUCAUAAUGAGGAAUGAAAGAACUAAAGGGAACGAGAGAGUCACCAGGAAAAUCAACUGAAGAACUAGGAUAUUGAAAGUUUUGAAAAAAGAGGAUAUCAAAAAGUAAAAACAGAAGUGGCUGUUACCACGUUUGACCAGAUGAUGGUCAUGAGUGAAGUCAAUUACAGCAGUUUUGAUAGAGCUAUCAGAGCAAACCCUCGAUCCCAGGGGAUCCUGGGGGACCCUGCAGACAGUAAAUGAUGGUCAUCGGGCCUGGCAGACAGAAAUGGGUUGUAACUGGGCCUCGAGAACAAGUGAUGGUUUUGACUCCAUCAAAAGUGAAGUGCCCUGAAUAUGUUUAAAGGUAGGGAACUGAAAGGAAUAAAAUUGAAGAAGGCCAUCAAUGAAGGGUAAAUCCUGGAGAAAGACCUCACUGCAGCAACAUGGUGAAAAAGGAUACGGCAGAUAUUGGUGUCUGCGCUCCCUCCGCAGUGCCCGUGGUAGACAGCACCAGUCUAUAAGAGCUCUGCCUCUUGCAGAGCAUGGACCUGGUUGCUUUUUCUACAAAGCAGCCCAGGAACCACCACAGAUUGAGCCUCCUCUAAAUUGUUCAAAGAGUCUCUGGACUGAUCAUCAGAACACCUGGGUUUUUGUUUAGGACCCUGCUAUAAAUCCAAUGUUGGAGCCCUGGUGGCACAGUAGUUAAGAGCUUGGCAUCUGACCAAAAGGCUGGCAGUUGGAAUCCAUCAGCUGCUCUUUGGAAACUCUAUGGGGGCAGUUCUGCUCUGUCCUGUAGGGUCACUAUGAGUUGGAAUCAACUCGACAGCAACAGGUUCGGUUGUUUUGUUUUUUGGUACCAAUCCAGUGUGUCCCAUGACCUCCCCUAGACCUCUUGGAUCCUCUGGCAUUGUCGGAGUGAACCAGAUGACCUCCGAAAUCUCUUCUAGUUCUAAAAUGAUGUGGUUCUUUGGACAGAGCUGCUUGGUUGAAUAGAUGUAGAGCCAACGUUCCCCCCUCUCUGCUGUAGUGAAGGGGGAAAUCUGCUGCUUCAGCUACUGAUAUGUCUUUGUCAGAUAAUGGGGAUGAAGGUUCCUAAGAGAGAGACAACUUCUCAAAGAUUGUUUCCAAAAGCAUGUACUCAAACCUAAAAUAAUGUAAAUUGCUCUUCUUAAUGUUUUAUCCUGCUUUAAAUCAUACUUAGCAUAUCUAUAAUUUAAUGUGUCUAGUAUAUGAAAUAUUCCUAUUCCUCCUCAAAGAUUUUGAAAUAUAAGUUACACUUUUGUUGUUGUUGGGUGCCAUCAAGUCGAUGCCUACUCAUGGAGGCCCUAUGUGUGCAGAGUGGAAGUGCUCUGUAGGGUUUUCAAGGCUGUGACCUUUCAGAUGCAGAUUGCUAGGCCUGUCUUCUGAGGCACAUCUGGGUGGAUUUGAACUGCCAUCCUUCUGGCUAGUAGUCAAGUGUUUGACCAUUUGUGCCACCCGAGACUCCUAAAUUGAUUUAGCAUGUCUGUAAUCAAUAUGUGGAGCCCUGGUGGCUCAGCUGCUAACCAAAAGGUCAGCAGUUUGAAUCCACCAGCCACUCAUUAGAAACCUAAUGAGGCAGUUCUAUUCUAUACUAUUGGGUCACUAUGAGUUAGAAUCAACUCGACAACAAUGGGUUUAGUUUUGGGGGUGGGGGGUUAUAAUCUCUGUGUAUCCAGUAUAUAGAUUAUUCCUCUUCUCACUCAAAGAUUUUUAAAUCAUUGUUCUCUUUUUUCUUCCUCCC